AUGGACGAAGACACCUGUGUUGCAUGGUGCAUGAAGGUCGGUCACCUACCCAACGCCGCGACAUGCCCCAAGUGUGACCUGGCCAUGUCCUUCGCGUUCAAGUCCAAGCCAUGGCGUUGCAGACGUGCGGCGUGUACAGGCGGCGGGAGCGUUGAGCGUGGAAUGCGGUUUGCGUCGUGGUUCAAGGGUUCCAAGAUCCCUAUGGCGAAGCUGGUGCGACUUAUAUUUGCGUGGGCGUCAAGAAAGCCCGUUGGCAUAGUGAUUGCGGAAGAAGAAAUUGCGCGUGAGUCCGGUGUGGAUUGGUACCAGUACUGCCACGACCUGUGUUCGGCGGAAAUGUUGUGUGCCCCGAUGCUGGUUGGCGGCGAAGGCGUAACGGUCGAAAUCGAUGAGACCUCAAUGAAGAAAAAGAGAAAAUACAACCGCGGAAGGUACUACCCUGAGCACUGGGUAUUUGGUGGGGUCGACAGGACAACGAAGAAAUGGUUCGGCGUCAUUACAGGGGCGGACCGGACAAAACCAACGCUGUCGCGGCUCAUCAAGAAGCACAUUGCCCCUGGAACCAACAUCAUAUUGGACAAGUUUGGCUCAUACGUGUCGGCGAAUGAACGCCACAACCUGACGAACAAUCCACUGUUGGUCGACCAAUCGUAUGGUCACCAGUGGGUGAAUCAUUCAGCGAACUUUGUCAACCCAGCUAACGGCGCCCACACGCAAUAA